AUGAGCGAAGGCCCACGAUCUCGCCGUGGCGCUGUUGCCCAUCUGGGCUCCACGUCGUCUGACGAACCCUCGACCGCCGCGAAUCCUCACCCUUUGCACGCCUCAACGCCAGCUGUCGUUGCAAAUGGCAGAAUCGAGGAUUUGGCCUCCCUCGAAGGAGACAAAAGCUUUGACGGUCGACUUCGAGCGGCGCGACAGAGCCUACCAGCUGAGCAGCCGAAAACCAAGGUCCCCUUCUGGUCACCAUCGACUACACCACCCAUCCCGCCCUACUUGGCAGACCAAGUACUCACUAUCGCAGUGACAUCCAUCGCGCUCGGUAUACUGUGGGGCUUUGUUCUGCCGCGAGCGCUGCAAGUUUUUGCCUUUCGCAAUAUUAGACAAUCGGGAGCUGCAUGGGCAGAAAACCUGUUGAAGACGCUGGCGAGGCCUCAGUUGCACCUCUACUUUCUGUCAUGGAGCACUUUUCAUAUUUUGGAAUUCGUUAUCACGGCAAAGUACAAUAACACGCGACUCUAUGAUGAUUCAUUCCUUCUGAACAACGGGCUAGCAUACUACCUUGCUCACUUUUUCGGUCUCGUUGAGUUUUGCAUCGAGUCGUUGAUGAUCCCACAUCGAAAGGUGUUAUGCGGUUUAACAUACCUAGGAGUUGCAUUGAUACUUGUGGGCCAUGCAGCACGCUCGUUAGCAAUGGUACACGCGUCCUCCAACUUUAGCCACAGCGUCGCGUGGCGCAAACGACCGGAUCACUCGCUUGUCACACACGGCAUCUACUCCAUCUCUCGCCAUCCGUCCUACUUUGGCUUCUUUGCCUGGGCUUUAGGCACGCAGCUGCUUCUUGCAAACCCAGUAGGGAUAUGCCUCUUUACUGUCGUCCUCUGGCGCUUCUUUUCCCAUCGCAUUCACGUGGAAGAGAUGCAUCUCGUCGAAUUCUUUGGCGACGAGUACAUCGCUUACAAAUCUCGUGUAGGGACCUUGCUACCUUUUAUUGCAUGAUACUCACGUAUUACAACCCAGGAAGAUUACAGCUGACGAUACGAUAUGGGCAGCACAAACCUUGAUGUUGAUAGAUGCAGGACGAAGGCCUGCCUUGACCGUCACCGACAGAUACCAGCUGAUGAGGCGAGCCAAAACCUGGAAUCGUCCACCGGCACGUAGCGAGGCUUUGUGCCUUCGAACUUGAAUACGAGUAAAGUGCGCGAUGAGCAUGGG